AUGGGAUCCCAAGUCAUAGACGAGGCUUCCGUCCUCAAGCAAUUCGACGCCCUCGUGCGCAAGGGGACGGUCCUCUACAGCGACGACCUCAAAAAGAUUCACCACCAAGAUGGCGGGUUCGAGGCACACCACCCCUCCCCCAUCUCGUCUCCCUUUGAAUUCCGCCUCACCUCGGCCCUGAAAACCAAACCCGCAGCCGUGUUCGACAACUCGGAGCUCGACGCCGCUACCACACCGCCAAAGUCGCCCUCACCCGCCGCCUCCAACGGCACAAACACGCCAAUGGAGCUCGACGCAGAGGGCCAGAUCCCCGGCGGCGACAUCUCCGUCGCGGGAUUUGUGAUUAAUCCCGUCAACAACACGCAUGUGCUCAUGUUCAACAAGUUCUGCGCGUACAGGCCGCACCUGAUCCUCCUCACGGCGAACGGCUACCGGCGGCAGUUUGAGCCGCUGGGGAGGGAGGACCUAGAGGCUGCGAGGGACGUUCUGCGCGGGCUGAAUUCGAAGGGAGGGAGUGAGUAUCUUGUGAUUUUCAACUGCGGGAGGGACGGCGGGUGUUCGCGGCUACAUAAGCAUAUGCAGGUCAUACCCGCCCCGUCAGAUUUCCGGCUAUGGCCUGAUGUGAGGGAGUUAGAGGCCGCGGUGCCGUAUGAGUGCCUCCUCAAGAGGUUCGAGAACGGGAAUCCCGGGGGGGAGGGGUUGGGCGGGAUGUAUCGCGAGAUGCUCCGCGCGGCGACGGCGCUGGUGCCUGGGCGGGAGGCGGUUGUGGAGGAGGACGGGGACGGGAACGGGGUUGCGGUGCCGCAUAAUGUGAUCCUGAGCGAGCGGUGGAUGGUGGUUGUGCCGCGGACGAAGAUGGAUGUGGAAGGGGGCGGGGUGAAUGCGGCGGGGAUGCUGGGGAUGGUGUGGGCUUCGGGGGAGGAGACGUAUGAGCAGUGGAUGAGGCUGGGGCCGAGGGAGGUUCUGGCGGAGGUUGGUGUGAGGAAGAGGUAG